AGUUUAUGGACGAGGAUUUAGAGACUAUCGACCCAAUAUAGCACCAGAAUGCGGCGCUUAAGUUGAAUAUGUAAAUGCAUUAUUUGUCGUGAAGGUUGUGGCUGUAGCUUUUUGAGGGGAGGUAGUAUUUGCAUCCGUAGGUCGAAAGGAUCUAGAGUGGCGUGGCGCGGCAACAACUAUCCGAUCUGGAUUGACUGACGUUUACUCUUUCCUUUCCUCUGAUAUUUUGAUGUAUUCCUAAUCUUCCUUCUUUACCUACCUUGUCCAUUCUCUCGAUUGAUUAAUAUUCCACGCUCGUUUUGUACUGUCAUUCGUUUCUUCAUCUAAUCAUCAUCCACUAAUCACUGAAUAACCUCACAUCUCGAGGUUCACCAUAUGGAUCAUGUCUUGAGGCCUCUCGCCUAGCCUCUCUUACUCCUCUCUCUCUUUAUAGGUCUUCAGUUACUUGCAGUGACAAAACAUGGCAGCACCAUGGAAUUCCAUGGGUAUGCCGUCAUCUGAUGCCGAUCACGACAAGAUCGUCGUUGGACCCUACGACGACUCCAGAUAUACAGCAUCAUCGUCCGGCCUUAGUUAUAUCCGACAUCCUUCUUCACAACCUACCAACUCUACAGCCCGUCUAAUUCCUCAACCUCUUCUGUCGCCGCCCAUCGCAAGGGUAUCACCUGGUCCAAGAAGUCCUUCUAGUCCGCGCAGUCCAGCCAGUUUUCAAUCUCUCAACAGUCCCUCGAGUCCUGGCUUUCCUCUCAGUCCUUUCUAUCCGCCGAGUCCAGGCCCAUUACAGAGGGGACAAUUCCCCAAUUCCCCUACCAGCGAUGGCUUCAACUCGCCGCGCAUGUCUGGCGCAACAGCCGCUACAGACCCUCGACUAUCGACCAAGGCAUCAAACAUGAUGGAGACGGUUCUGGAGACGCCUUACUUUGACACCCCGCCUCAUACACCUGGAUCGUGGGGCGAUGCAAGCCGUGGAACCGAUCAUUUAGAUGCUACAGAGAUCCCUCUCAACAAUGGCUGGAGACCUUGGUGGCUGCGCCGAAGAGUAACCAGCAUAUUCAUUGGCGCGUCCAUAAUGCUGGCUGUAAUUGGCGAGGUAGUGAUGUGGUGGCUUUCCAAUAAUGAAGUUGAUAGCAGCCUCAAGGGCCUGUGGACUUUUGGACCCGUUGUUGUCGUUUCUAUUAUGGCCAUCCUUUGGGCACGAGUCGAAGCUCAAGCACUGCUUUAUAUGCCAUGGAUUGUUCUCGAUCGCCGACCAACAACUGUUGACGAAACUCGCCGCAAGCAAGCUCACCGAACCAUUCUACUCGACUAUCCUAGCCUUGGGAGCUUUCAAGCAUUAACUAAAGCAUUUCGAAACCGCCACCAUCUCGUUGUCGCAUCUAUCGCUAUCAAGUUUCUCCUCCGUGCUCAGAUCGUUCUUUCUACUGCCGUCUUUUAUGCCGAAAUUCAUGUCGACAGCACUACCAGACUCCGAGCCAGGCUUGGCGUCCUUCACGCUAUGGUUGGCGUCUUCCUUAUCAUCUCUGGUGUACUUCUUCCCAUGUUGUACCAUGCACCAUCGCCUCGAGGUAUUGCGCCUCGAGACCCUACUUCUCCAGCCGGCACUGCGGCACUUCUAACAAGCAGCCAGCAAUUCCUCUCACGAUUAUCAGGUACUGGACAUGCAGAUAUGAAUGCUGUUGCUGGUAGGUUAGCAGGCUCAUGGUAUACGACAGAACUCACACAACCUGGACGUCGACCGGAGGAAAUGUUCCAGCUGAGACAACAUGGUGGAGGAAGUGGUGCCCUCGGCAUGAACCCUUCCAACCGACCAGAGGAGGCCACUGGGACAUAUCAGCCAUGGACACAAGGCACUCGAACCAAGCUUAUCAGUAUUGUUGUUUCUGUUGCGUUAAUUGUUGGGAUUUGUGUCCUUUAUAACUUGAAGGGCAACGAAAAUGGCCUAGAAGUCAAUGAUAACAUGUUCAUUGUUUGGACCUGCCUUCCAACCAUAAUCUUUGCCGCUCUCGCCAUCUUCUGGACCCGAAUCGAUAUAGACAACCGACGCCUUGCCCCUUUCUUGAAGCUCACCAACUCAAAAUGCCGAUUUCAGGAGUCUUUGGGGCUGACGUACAUGAACGAGUUUGGUCUGCAUACAGCUGGAAAGGCCAUGAAAAACCAAGAUUGGGCCGUUUUCCUUGCCAAAUGCACUUCGAUGCUUGGCUGGUUGAUGCCAAUCUUUACUGCAGGACUGUUUGCUGUUGCUCAGAUGGCACAGAGGGCCAACCUUGAGCUUCGACCAGAGUCGCAGUUUAUAUCGACAACCAAGUCGUUGAGCACCGCCAUGGACAGCGAUACAAUCGAGAAUGUGCUCCUAAGAGAAACUCCCAAGUACCCGAGAUGGACAUGGGAGGAUGUUGCUCUUCCAGCGGUUUCCCUUGUCGACCACCCAAGCGAGUGGCCACUUCCAAACACAGAGCUUGUGGCCAAAGUCCCGAGUCUCAGGGGCAAACUCACCUGCGAGACGAUAUCUCUGUAUGGAGGUGAAGGUGUGGAUUGGCAAUGUGUACGGUUGGGAGGAUCCACGAAGCAACCCAUUUGUGGAUCUGAUCAAUCUCGAACUGCACUUGUUGCGUCUUCAUGCUCACAACUCUCUUCUAAAUACUCCCUCAAGUAUAUUUGGGGUAGCUGUUCAGAUGACGGCAUGAUUUCUGUCAUGAUGUGCAAUCAAUCAGUUGUCGGGGUUGAUGUCUACACAACAUUCCGCACUGAGGACCUGAACAUCAACCUGAAUGCUAUUCCCAUUGUGAAUGCAUCGAGUGAGACGCCAUCAGAUGUGACGGCGGAUAUCACGAGUGUUUAUGAAACACUUAAUAAUGUUGGCGCUGAUAACAAAACCAUGAACGGUCUCGAUGCAUUCUUCCGUACCUUGGUGCUCUCGAGGUUACAAACAACUCUAGAGCGUAUUGUGAUGCCUGAGAGGCAGAAUUCAGUUUCUCAAGCGAUCCGCCAAUUGCAUGGAAUCCUUGCUGCGCAGGCAAUCAAUAGUGACUUGAUACGACGCCCCUUGUCAUCUAAGCUUCGUGCUCGUGAUGAAUCUCAAACCGAUAUUCCAGCCUCGGUUGAUUAUGUUCUCCCGCGUCUGAUGCAAGGAAGUGUGCAAACGUUUGUCCUCAUUGGGUUACUAGGCUUUACGCUCGCAUUCGGACUCCUUUCGCUACGUACGGCAUCUCGUGGGACUCUGACCAAGAGCCCUGGUAGUAUUGCCGCUCAAGCAAGCCUUCUUGCAGACUCAACCUUGUGGUGGCGCUUGCCAGACGGAGCAGAAUGGAUGGGAGAUGACGAUCUAGCGCGAUGCCUUCGUCGAAGGACGUUCCAUCUUGGAUGGAGUAAGGGGGCCGCGGGGACCCGAAGCUACGGCAUCGGCAUCGUGCAGGACGAAGGAAAAGCAGCGAGACCACCAAUGGUUUCACAAACAAGUGCUGAUAACAGCGGAGGAUUAGUGCCUGGGCGAUAUAUUAGUAUGGCGCCUGGGUUAUACUCUUACGGGGAUGUUGCGACAUAUGAAAAGUCGUGAAGUGAUAUCCUCGGCAUGGAUCUUGAAUUACAUAGUCUAAGUUAGUGGAUUUCGGAAUGCAUGGCGUUAAAGGAAGCGAUUGGUUGGAAAUGAAGAACUUGGUAUAUCUACAAUUGUACAUGAACUUGUCAGAGCUUAAAAAUGGGUGCAUUAUCUUGUCAAUGUACAAGUUAUCAGAGUACAGCCUCGUCGGGUUCUUUUGAGAAGGCGUCGGAAAUGUCUUGGCAAGUAGUCAUCGAGUAUUCGUGCAUGUGUGUGUUGAAAAUAAGCCUAUUUGAGUAACCAGAAACUGGGGAAUUGUGGAGACUCUGCCCAAC